AUGGAAGUGGUGGUUGUGGUCAGUGGUGUUGAUGUCUGUGUUGUGAUUGUCUGCCAUCUUAUGUACGUUAAUAUCGAUGAGUUUAAGUCACGGCUAGAAAGUGGUCCGCAAUUGUCUCAAUUCAUCUCAGGAAGCGUUGGAAGCGAUGACAAGUGGAGUGACUAUAGCGGCAAACUUAGGCGAGAAAAGGGUGAUAAUGAGAGACUACGACUCCCGCCGUGGCUCAAGAGGGAGAUACCGGUCGGACAUAACUAUCACCGCCUGAAGGAGUCGUUGCGCUCUUUGGGAUUGAAUACGGUGUGCGAAGAGGCCAAGUGUCCCAAUAUAGGCGAGUGUUGGGGCGGAGGACAGCACCGGACGUCCACCGCAACCAUU